ACCUCCUGGUCAGACCCCACGUGCUCCGGGGAGUUCAUGGUGGCCUUGGCGCCCAGUGGAGAAAAAGUAGCGAGGGGAAGGCAAAAAACCUUGACAGUCAUGGCUUACGUUUAUAUGCCAUGUCCUCUACCGAGAGCAUUUGCUGCAUUGCCUCUCCUAUCCGUUCGUGUGAAAGCGAGAGAGGCUACUCUUGCCCUUGCUAAAUUUGGGCUUAGGGGGCGGUGGGAGUCAAGGCAUGAAGCUCACUCAGAAAAUAGUACUACAUGUUGCUGCUGCUUGUUACUGUUUCACAGGUUAGGAAACGAGACAGACUGGCAGCCUGCCCACUUCUCUGAGCUAUGAGUGGCUGACCUGAUCCAAAGCUGGAGUCAGUCUGACUCCAGGAGGAAGGAAAGUAUUUCACUGGAAUCUGAGUGUUGGGAGAAAGAAGGUGUCUUUGACCCUGGGCUGAUUUUUUUCUUGGCUGCUUGUCUUUUGAGUCAGGUUUUAGAGGUUGAAUUUACACAUGUUUGGAUUUAGACACAGGACUGAGGGGGACCCACCCUCAGGUUUGGUUCUGCUGUGGGAUUGCUCUCUAAAGUUAGACAGCCAUAUACUUCUAUUUCAGACUGUUGCUGGAUUCAGUGGCUCCAGAAUCAAUGGGUGUAGGCAUUUAGAGAAGUAAAACAAGUUAUUUAAACUCCCAAGAGUUACUCUUGAGUAGCUAUGGGAGAUGGUGGCAUCUGUAUAAGUUUAAGAUGUCACCUAGGGUUCCUGGAGCCAGAAGGCUUGGAAUAGGGAGAGGAAAGGCCCAGGAAAUGUGGAAAUGGCAGAGUGGUUUCAUCAGGUAUUGACAUCCACGUGCCUGGCUCUGUGCUGGGUGCUAGGGUGCAGCGUUGAACGGGACCUGCACAGACCGUUCUCUCACGGAGCUUAAGUUCAUUAUUUGGUAGGAGAAGAAACGCCUUUCACAUGAGAAUAGCAGCAUCUUUGCCCAAGUGACUCCCUAAGUUGCCUUGCUUGCAGUCCUGGUUUAUUCCAGGAUUGUGCCUGGGACAGUAAGUUAUCAGUGUUUACCUCUGAAAGCCUAAGUCUCUGAUCUUACAAGGCCAGCAGAAGUGGAGAGGGCUCGUGAAAGAAGACUGCUUGCCACUGGCAUUGAGACUCAGCCUACCCGUUUUCAGACUAAGGAAUUAAAUCGGACUGACACAUUUAGCCUUCUUCCACCAUGGGCUGGCAUUUCCUGGGACUCAUCUGGUUCCUCACAGGUUCAGAGGCGGAAGGCUAGAUGUGGGCCCUGGAGGCAGAGGUCCAAUGUUUUCUCUUUCCACCAGAUUCCACCGGCUUCUGAGAAUUCGGGAAGAUUGUAGAGCAUCUAGCACGUGGCGGAGAUGCCUCAGCAGUGGAAUCCAGUUUCUGUCCAGCCACAACCUAGUGCCACUACCCCAUGGUACCUAUCAGAUACGCCGGCCAGGUAGAGAACUGCCCCUGUCCAAAUCCUAUUCUUCUGGAAACAGAAAAGGCUUUCUCUCUGGCUUGUUAGAUAAUAUCAAACAAGAAUUAGCCAAAAACAAAGAAAUGAAAGAAAGUAUAAAAAAAUUCCGAGACGAAGCCCGGAAGUUGGAAGAGUCAGAUGCGCUCCAGGAAGCCAGAAGGAAAUAUAAAACCAUCGAAUCUGAAACCGUGCGGACGAGCGAGGUGAUCAAGAAGAAGCUGGGGGCCAUCACGGGCACUGUGAAGGAGAGUCUUGACGAAGUCAGUAAAAGUGACCUUGGCCGGAAAAUCAAGGAGGGUAUGGAGGAAGCAGCCAAGACCGCCAAGCAGUCGGCUGAGUCGGUGUCCAAGGGCGGGGAGAAGCUGGGCAGGACGGCUGCCUUCAGAGCCCUCUCCCAGGGGGUGGAGUCAGUGAAGAAGGAGAUCGACGACAGUGUCCUGGGCCAGACUGGGCCCUACCGGAGGCCCGAACGGCUCCGGAAAAGAAAGGAGUUUGCCGGAGAGAAGUUCAAGGAAGAGAAAGUGUUUGAGCCCAAUGAGGAGGCCCUGGGGGUUGUGCUGCAUAAGGACUCCAAGUGGUAUCAGCAGUGGAAGGACUUCAGGGACAACAACGUGGUGUUCAACAGGUUCUUCGAGAUGAAGAUGAAGUAUGACGAGAGUGACAAUGCACUCAUCCGGGCCUCCCGCGUGCUGACAGACAAGGUCACAGACUUGCUGGGGGGCCUGUUUUCGAAGACGGAGAUGUCGGAGGUGCUCACGGAGAUCCUGCGGGUGGACCCCGCCUUUGACAAGGAGCGGUUCCUGCAGCAAUGCGAGAACGACAUCAUCCCCAACGUCCUGGAGGCCAUGAUUUCUGGAGAGCUUGACAUUCUCAAAGACUGGUGCUAUGAAGCUACCUACAGACAGCUGGCCCACCCGAUCCAGCAGGCCAAGGCGCUGGGCCUCCAGUUCCACUCGCACAUCCUGGACAUUGACAAUGUGGAUCUGGCCAUGGGCAAGAUGAUGGAGCAGGGGCCCGUGCUGAUUGUCACCUUCCAGGCUCAGCUGGUGAUGGUGAUCAAGAACCCCAAAGGCGAGGUGGUCGAGGGCGACCCGGACAAGGUGUUGCGCAUGCUGUACGUGUGGGCACUGUGCCGGGACCAGGAUGAGCUCAACCCCUAUGCGGCCUGGCGGCUCCUGGACAUCUCCGCUUCCAGCACAGAGCAGGUCCUCUGACCGUGACAGCCACGCCCAGGGCCUCUGAGGCUGGAUCAUCACACAGUGGCCACAUGGGGCGGGACUGAUGUCCACCUGUGGAAACACUUCUGGGGACAAGACCGUUGGCUCUUCUGCACUCUCUACCAGGGCAGCUGCAGAACCAGCUGGACAGGGAAGGGCCCAGGGCUGCUGAGGGCUGCCUCCCGCAGUGUCAGCGAGGCACAUAGGCGGGACAGUGCCAAGAGACCCUGACCCAGAGACUCCUCAAAGGGCAAGGUGGUGGGCCCCACUGGCCACAUCAGCCAGGCUGUUUUAGCUCCAUUAAAAAAAAAAUUAACAGUGCCCUUAUCCUGUAUGUAUGCCUGAUAUUUGGAAGUGAUAAUAAAACACCAAAGUGUAAGAGAA